UAAUGGAUUAAGAUCUUGAAAUAGUAUAAUUGAAUAAUAAAAUAGGAAAAAGAAAUAAAUGCUAUGAUGAUUUAAAAGGUUUGGAGACUAAGAAAGCAUAUUAAGGCUGCCAGACAAGUUGUACCUUCACUUAGAGAGAAAUUUCAUUUUUAUUAUUCAAGCAUCAGUUUCAAUAUGAAAGCAACAACUUCUACUUAAAGGUUGGUUAUUUUAGAUUUUUCUAGAUUAUUUACUUUUGUGAAAAAUAAGAAAUUAUAAUAUUUUGCCUUUAAUUUAUGUGAUAAUCCAAUGUGUUAAUAAUGGGUAAAACAACAAAGAUUAAAUCAAGAUCCAUUACCUUUUAUAUUCAUUAACAAAGUAUAUAUUGGAUCGAUGGAUGAAUUACAAAUGUUAAUUGAUUUCAAAUUAUUUGAUCCAAUUAUGAACUAAGGUUAUAUAUAUUAAAAUUUUGUAUAUAGAAUAUUUGAAACAUUGCCUAGCUUGUAUGACUCCAAGAGAAUCUUUAGAAAAUGAGAAAUGUUAGAAUUGUUAAACAAAUUAUAUUUUCUUUUAGAAAAUAGGUUAAGGAGUAAAAAUAUGUCCAAAAUGUAGAGAAUAAUAAGAUGAAGAUAAAACAAUAUGUGAAAAAUGUUAGAUGGAUUGUAUUAGAGUUAACAAAAUAUUUAUACAUCUUAAAGAAGUAUAAUGAU